UACCAUCAAAUAUGGCGGUUGUUGCUGAAGGAAAAAGUUGCUGACAAUUUUAUCGAUAUUCGAACUGAAAACUUCACGUUUAUAGCCUAAAACGCAAAAAUCUAAUUAGCCAACAUACUUCAAGUUUCCUAUACGUUGGAUUUAUCGUCAUCGGUAACGUUUUGGUGAUGAAUUAUCAAAGAUAACUCGACUUGACAACGGUGAAAACAAAAUAAUAUUUUCAAUUGGCAGUUUUUCGAUAGCUUAUCAAGUGCAGUUUGUCGAUAUUGAACUGAAGAUAUCAUGAAAAUGGUCGCCGAUUAGCACUGCAGUAGAAAUGGCAGACGAUUUAUCAAGCUUUAUUGAACAGCAAAAGGUUAAACUGGAGAAAGAAAGGGCUGAUCUUUCGAGAAAUGGAAAUUAUACUUUGACAACGUCACAAGAUAAAGAGGAUAGAAGAAAGAGUCCCAGAGGUAUUGAGAGUGGAAAGAACCAUAUUGAGAAAGACUCUCCUUCUAUCAAACCAAAAAUGAUUAAUGAUAAUGAAGAAACUGGCCUACCACUUGGUGGCUACACAAGGAUUCAACAGAAACUCAAAGAGGAGAGACGAUUGGAAUACAAUAAAUAUUUAGCUGAGAAAAAUAUGAGGUCAACAGGAAAAGUGGAUUCAGUUUUGAAAGAAAAAGAUAUCUCUCCAUCAAACAAGAAUGGAGAAGUUCAUGAAAGUGGGAGAAGGUCCUUAGAACAUUCUUACGRAAAGGAUCCAAGAGAUUCGCCUAUCCCAAGAGGUCGCAGAAAGGGGAAGGAAAACUUGGACAUAAAUGAUAAUUAUCAAGAUGAUAGAUCUAGAGGUUCUUUGCAGUAUCCUCCAAAAGAAACCUAUGAAGACAUUCUGAGAAGAAAACGGGCGGAUGAGAGAAAAUAUAGGAGAGACAGGCUUGGGUAUGAUGGACCAGACUUGGAUGACGAACUGAGAUUAAUGAAACUCUCAAGUAGAAACUACAAGCAUAAYUCCAGGAGUGAUGGAUAUCUCUCUCGUCGUUAUGAUGAUGACUUGGAUGACGAUGAGUUUGGAUUGCCACCUCGUAGAGGACGCAGGAGAAGAGACCGAUCCAUCGAAUCUAAGAGAGUUCGAUUCUAUGAUGAYGAUGAUUAUGAAGACAUCGAUGACAAUCUUUGGUCCAAACCAUGUAGAAGGUUAUAUGACUAUGAUGAUAAUGAAGAUAUGGAUGACCUUUAUGCAUUGUCCCAAAGAAGAUCAAGAUCACAUAGAUCCAAUAGAAUAAGCAGUGCUCAUGAGGAAAGGACUGUCAAUGGCCCAACUUUGGAAAAUGAAUCAAUAAGGAGAACAAAAACUGAUAGUGAGAUUAGAUCACAAUCUGCCCCCUUGUUGGAAGGAGCUGGAAUUAUUGGAGGUGGUCAUACAGAGACUAGAGAAAUGAAACUAAAGAAACAAGAAAAAUACAAGAAAGAACUUGAGGAACAAAUGAAACAACACGAAGAAAAUAAGAAAAAAGAAAAGAGGGAAAGGUUUAGCGAACCAGCUGAAACAAGUGGCUUUGAUUAUGAAUCCAAUGUGCCGACAAAGACACCUCGCUCAACUACAAGAAAAGGAAGACAAGAUGCCUAUGAUGAGCCCCUUGGAAAUAACGGCCCUAGUUCCAGACCUCCUCAACACUCAUCCUUGUACCCAAGCCCUUACGAUGAUCCUUAUUACUAUUAUGGGAGACAGGAGCGCGGUGCCCCCCAGGUGACAUCAUUACAAGAUCCUUUGUUUAAGAGUUCUGGGUAUGGUGUUACAGGGCUCUACGAUGAAGAUGAUGGUCCUCCUACAGAUCGUUAUCAAGAAAAAAGUAGGCAGAGAGACUUCUCCAGAACUCCAGUUUCAAGAAGGGGGCAGACAGUGGACCAYGCCCAUCAACCACCAGGAGGAUACAGCAGUAUUAAUGGGAUACCAGGUGCAGGGCAAGUCAGUCCUGAGGCAGAUAAACAGAGUAAGAGAGCUGUGCAGCAGGCUUACCAAGAAGAACUCAGAAAACAGAUGGAGAUUAGAGAAAGCCAAAAACGAAAAGAGAAAGCAGAAAAAGAAAAGUAUGAUAGAAAGAUGGAAGAAGAAAUUGCCAAAUAUGACCCAUGGGGUAGAGGCGGAGCUGGUGCCCCCCUCAGAGAUGUCUCAGGCCAAGUAAUGGCUAACCUUCGUAUAGUUCAACAUGAUGCUCAAGAUGGCAAGACGUCUGUAUCUCCAAGAAAUGCACCUCCUUCCAUAGAGAUGAGGUUUGAGAAUAGUCCACCACAACUACAACCACAACAGCUACAGCAACCUCAAUCAGGUCAAGCAAAUGUCUCACCAUUUGGCAGAUCUGAUCCUCUGAAAGAGCGCCAACCACAUGAUGGUCUAAAAGAAAAAGCAAAGCAAGAAUAUCAAGAAUAUCUCAAGCUACAAGUUGAAGAAAAAGAAAGAAAGAAAAAAGAAGAACAGGAAAAAAUAAGAGCAGAGGAGGAAAGACAGGAAAGGAGGCUCCAGGAGCAGCGGGAUAAGAUGCAGAGAGAGUAUCUGGAGGAACAAGAGAAAAUAAAGAAAAAAGAAGAAGAAGUAAAAAGACAAAAUGAAAUGCUCUUAGAAGCACAAAAUGCAAAGAAGAAGGAAGCAGAGCGAAAGAGAAAAGAAAUGGAAGACAAAAGGCAGGAAGAGCUGAGAAGAAGAAUGGAAGAAAAUGUAACUGCCAACAAAAUGGGAUCGGGAUCUACUGCAGCAACUUUUAGAACAGCUUCUCCGCCAAUACCCACAAUGCGCAAAAAGGAUGGAGAAAACUCAGGAAUGGCAAGAGGCUCAUCACCUCCAGUGCCUACACUGGCUAAGCUACAAGCAGAAGGUUCUCCACAACAACGCAAGCCUGCCUCUCCUUCUCCUUCUCCAUCACCAUUACCACAGAGACAGCCAGCAGCUCAAAGCAGACAGAAUAUAACCCAACCAGAUAAUGAUGUCUUGAGUCAACUGACGGCACUGAGGCAACAACUCAAGAAUGAGGAGCAGAAAAUGCAGUCACAGAUUGGCCAUUCCACAGCAACGACUAAGUAUUCUCAGAUGAGCAGAGUUGAAAAUGAAAGCAAAAGGAAUAAAAGAGAUGUCAGUGUAUUUGACAGAGCUCUCACAAACAAACCAGGAGCUGUAAAAAAGACAGAAACAGAUCACUAUUCAGCCGCUGAUGAGUUCAAUAGGAUGAAACAUGAAGAUAACACUUCUUUAGCAGGGGAGUUUAGGAGUAGAUUUCCUCAACCAGCAACCUCGGACAGCAUGCUGGACUUGCAGCAGCAGGAAUACCUGAGGGAGCAAGAAGAUAAACUAUCAUCUCUUAAGGCUGGGGUGGCAAGAUCCAAAGCACAUCCUGGUGGUAUAGAGGGCCCCUCUCGCUCAAAGAGUAAAGAGUCACUAUUGGAGUCAGAGAGUCAGUUUAUUGCUGUGGAUGACCCAACUCAAAUAAUACCAACAUCACAGACUGACAUACGACCAAGACAGCCUUCAGCAAGGGAAAGAAGGAGAUGGAAACAAUUGGAAGAAAUGGCUAAAGAACCCAAGCCUUAUGAUGUUUAUAAGCCACCAACCCCUGGUGGGUUUUCAUUGAACUCUGUCACAAGUUUUAAUGUCGACGAUUUGGCUGCCAAAAAUGAGGAAAGACUGCAGAGAAUAGAGGCUAUUAGACAUGCUGGUGGUGCUGGAGGUGAAACUAAUAACCCAGAUGAUGUGCUAAAACAGUUCAUGAGUGAAAGACGCACACUAAAUGAUGAUGAAUUAUUGAACGGUGAAGUAAUAACCGGCAGGUGACAAUAAAAGCCAUAAAAAAUACUAAAAAUUGUAAACACCUAUUAUAAAUAUGAUCAGGAAAUAAUUUAUUAUUAUUAUAUUAGAUAUAUUUUUUUAUAUAUCUACAUUUACACUAGCUGUGUAUACAGACAUUUGUAGGGUCCUCUUGCAUGAUGACACCGGGGACUACUGCAUAGUAGGCUACCUACAUAAAUUUUACACGCUGACUGUGCAUGAAGGAAAUGUAUUUUUCAAUUAUAUAAUUUUUUUUGCAUGGACAUAUUUUGUGAUGCAGCAUAUAAAAAGAUAAAACUAUAACACCAAAUUUCAAUAAGUGAUAAUCAUUACAUCUAGUAGUAGUCAUUUAAUAUUUUUUACAGUGAACUGCAACAUUUUGUCAGCAAACAUUCCAUGAGGAAAUAAACAGUGUYAAUAUAACCGCAAAGAUUUCUUAAAAUUCUUUAAAAUAUAGUGUAAUAAAUAAAGAUAUGUUUAAAAACAUUAAAAUGAGUCUUGUAUCAACAAACCAGUCAUGACAACCACUACCAGUAAUCAUCCUUUUUAGAUUUUAAUUCAAAAAGGUGCUUGAUGUGUGUGUAACUCCAACAACACCAAAAAGCUUUCUUUUAACAUUGUUUCAUAUGUCAGUCGUGAGAUUAUAGCCUGUUCAAGUUCUAAAUUUUGAAACAUGCAUGCAAGCUACUAUGUAUUACUUGUUCAUACAUCCUAAACAUAUUUAGAAAUUAAUAAUAUGUACAUUAAAUUGAAAUAAAAUAAAGGUUUUGCAUGUUUGAA